AAGAGAGAGUAGGCUGAUUAAAGUAACCGAGGAGCAAAAAUCUAUCAUCCGGACAUAAGGAGGCGCAAAUUUCAUUGACCCAUUUUAGCAAUUCAUUUAUUUUCGUCUCGUCUGUGCUGUGAUUUGGUGGAAGAUAGACUACAGCAAUAUACAAACGAUGGUUGCUUAGCUGAAUGCAGAUGCAUGUUACCUCGAGUGUCUGGGACAGCAAAUGAUUCGCGUACGACGAGAGGGAAACACUGCAUGCAAUUAGAACACCACCCUCGCGAGAGUGAGAGCUAUUGGUGGUAUCUCGGUCACAACGGUAAAUACGAUACUCAUCACCAAACAAGAGAGCGGUGGGAAUAGAGGGAUCAAGCCAGGUUUCGGUAAGCACCAAUACAUCGUAUUCAGUCUCCAUUACCGAUAAGCGGAACUCAUCGGCUUUAGAGCGUAGACCACGCACAUUUUGAUAAAACACGGUUAUACGCGUCGCUUGAUCGCUGGGUGCUUGAUGUAAUGAAGUUUUAGUAGCUGGUAUGUUGGAAAUGACGGAGCUUAUCGUAGAUGGUGAGUAUAUGAUGAGUGUUUGUGUUGUCGAAGGGAUUGCUCGGACCGUGUGAGUACCAUAUGACUGCGCUGCUGUGGUGCGGUUAUUUCGGAAAAAAUGGUGUUGAAAUCGUACCCAUAAGGCCUUGCUACAUGAACCGAAAUUUCAAAAAGUUUUCGGCCAAAAGGGGGGGGCCAGGCGAAAACUUUACGUCAAAAAAAUUUGAGCUCCGAGAGCUGAAAUCUCAUUCGAAAUCUUUUUGACAGCAACCCGAAAACUCAAAAUGACAGCAUUGUAGGUGUCAACAGGAAAGGGAAGAGCAUUAUCACAACAAAACAAAAUUAAACAAGCAUAAAGCCGGCAUUGUGAAAAUUAUUUUAGCAGAACCAAACAAAACAUUUAAAAAAAUGAAUGUAAAUCAGAACGGAUCAGGACCGGGAACGGCGUCAAGACAGCGAUCGAAAUCGGUACAGCAAUCGGGACCUGGACCAGCAACGAUAUCAGUAAUGGCACCGAUAUCAGGACGGGUACCGGUAUCAGUACUGGCACCGGUAUCAGUACGGGCACUGGCAUCAGGACUGGCACCGGUAUCAGGACGGGCUUCGGGAAUAGGGCUGGCAUCGGGAUCAGGCCUGGCAUCGGAAGCAGGACUGGCACCGGUAUCAAGACUGGCACCGAUUUCAGGACGGGCAUCGGCAUCAGGACGGGCACCGGUAUCAGGACGCGCUUCGGGAUCAGGCCUGGCAUCGGGAUCAGGACUGGCUUCGGGAGCAGGCCUGGCAUCGGGAUCAGGACUGGCUUCGGGAGCAGGACUGGCUUCGGGAUCAGGACGGGAACCGCGUAAAUAUAUGCGAGAGGACGUGGAGCUCUGCUUGCGGAUGGCUAAUGCGGUAAAAAAACAGAACAUCAUCUACAAUAAAAAAUCUCCGCAUUAUAAAAACCGAGACCGUCAAAAUGAUGCAUGGAUGUGUGUCGCAGAAGAGGUCGGGUUGACCAUGGCAGAGGCCAAAAAAAUGUGGCACAACAUGCUGGCCAAAUAUCGGUCAUACCGAUCCAAAGUGCGCCAGAGCAUGCAGACCGGGUCAGCCUACGCCGAAGUUUAUCGCCCGCGAUGGCCAGCCUGGAAGGCUUUGUCGUUUAUGAACGAUGCGUCGGAGGACGCUGAACAUGCAGACACGGUAAGAAUAAUCUGUUUUUUUUUUGUUUCUGUUAAUCGAUCUACCGCACACUUUGUUAUUAAAUGUAUUAGUUGCACACUUUAAGAUAUGAAAUGUAUUAGCUCUUUCUUUUUUUGAAAAGUGGUUUUAUUAUGUUACUUUAUCGAUAAUAAUGUAAAAAAACAUUUAGCCAUUGGCUAAAUAUUGUAAAUAAUAAAUUAUUUUCCUAACUACCACGUUUUGCGCAAAUAAUGCGCAAAACCGUCACUGCCUUGAAAUUCUAUAGUUUCAUAUUUCGAAAUCGAAGGAAAUUAGUCGGUAGCUUGAUACCAUUUUCAUUAAACAGUACCAAACCGGCAUAGUUUUUGCUGUGGUGCAAUGAUGAGCUAUAAUUUGGUCGUGUGAAACAAUUGGCGAAUGACCCUGCUUAUGGUUUCAAGGUGACCAUACAAAAUAAUAACUAUAAUGCAAACAGGGAUUCAAUAAGUUCAUCCAUUGAUUUAAUAACUAUGUGAUACAGGAUAAAAUGUUCACAAAAUUAUUUACCGUUGAAAUUAUCCCUAGAAUUACAUACUUUUAACGUGCUACUGUACCAACGCGUACCAUUUCUGUUACUUCAAUAACUUUUGCCCUAUGUGUUAUAUUAAAAAAGUUAGCAUUUUGCAUGCGUUGCAAAAUCAACUAAGUUUGUUACAAUUCAUGCGUGGUUAUAUGCAUUGUUGUUGUUCUUAUAUGAUAUAUCUUUGAAAGCUCUAUGUUUUUUCGUGUUAUCUUGUUACAUGAUAUCACUUCAAAAAGUUUUCGGAAGCAGCGUUGUCACAAAUGGUAUAUUUAUAACAUACUAAUACCUUUUUACGUGCAACUUGCCCACUUUGGCCAAGACCAUGGUUUGCUGCAGAAAAGCCCGGCAUCAUAUCGAGAUUUGUACCAGCAUUCCAACUCUACAAAUUUUGUUUUUAUUAAAUACUUUAUUUUCACCUCCGAACCCUAAGUUUACCAGAGUAAAGCCUCUCAAUAUUAUAUUAUCAAUAUAUUACAUCAAAAUUAAAAUAUUAUAUAUGUUUUUACUAGUUAAGGAAUAUAAUUAUUUGUCUUCAUUGAUCAGUAAAUCAACUGUUGCCAAUAAACCGUUUAUAAUCGAUUAAUGUAGUUA